ACUGAUACAAAUAUUCAGUGAACAGAGCUGUGGAAGUUGAUCUCUUUCAGUGGGUGCAUGACAUCUGUGGGCCCUUUACCUCCUUUAAUUACUGCUACUAACCUAGGUGUAUUUGUGUUUCUCUCCAGGGAUGAAGUCAGGGAUCCUCCUCUUCGGAUUCUUGGUGACCCUGAGCCUGUGCCAGGCAUCGGGAUCUUCCAUAAAUGAUAUCUUGGAGACGCUGCCAGAUCCAUUCUUUCUGAGCAGCACGAAUGAAGCCAAGGAGCUGGUGGACGCUGCAUACAAGUACGAACGGGACAGGGCAAAAGAGGCCAUAGGGGAAAAGGACGCCAGCCCCUCCGAUUUCCUGAAACAUUUAAAGGAUCCAGUGGCAGGAACCAGGUCUGCAAUCCGAGCUGCCGAUUACAUGGAAACCACCCUGAGCCUCCUGAAGAAGAAGCUGCGUCGGCUCGUGAAAGGGAAGUUUAAUAUCACAGAUGUACUAAGUAGGAAGCAGAAGGAAAUUAUUUCCAAGGCAACUGGUUGUGACUAUCAGAUUCGUUCCAUUAAGUGCCCGAAGAGUAGCAUUUACCGGACCAUUACUGGAGAAUGCAACAACAGGAAACAUUCUUAUUUGGGAGCUUCCAAUCAUGGAUAUGCCCGAUGGCUCCCGGCAGAGUAUGAGGAUGGAGUGUCUCUUCCCAAAGGAUUAACUGAAGGAAAACUUUACAAUGGAUUUCCGCUCCCACUGGUACGAGACUAUGAAAUCAUUCACACAGCCAAUGAGAAUGUCACCCAAGACCAGGAGCGCUCUCUCAUCUUCAUGCAGUGGGGUCAGUGGGUUGACCACGAUUUGGACUUAGCCCCUUUCACUACGACAAAAAUCGACAAUAAAGAAGUUCAUUGCGAGACCAGUUGCACCUUUGAGCCACCUUGCUUCCCAAUUCAGAUUCCCCCUGAUGAUCCACGAAUUAAGGACCCAAAUACUUGUAUGCCAUUCGUCCGUACAGCUCCAGUGUGCAAUGCUAGAACAUUUACGCGAGAGCAGAUCAAUGCGAUCACUUCAUUCUUGGAUGCCAGCAUGGUGUACGGCAGUGAAGUUCCUCUAGCUAAGAGUAUUAGGAAUCAGACAAACCAGCUGGGUUUGAUGGCGCUGAACCAGAACUUUACUGAUGCAGGGCUGGGAUUACUGCCCUUUGAGAACAAAUCCCAAAGCCUCUGUUUAUUCACAAACAAGGCCAUGAAUAUCCCCUGUUUUAAAGCAGCUCUCAUUUAUUUUAAAGACGCCUUAUUCCAGAGAAAAGCCAAUGUGCUGAUAGUCAAAAGGGUAGUAACAUACAGAGACUACUUGCCACUUCUGCUUGGAGAUGAGACUGAGAAGGAAAUACCAUGCUACACGGGCUAUGAUGAGUCUGAGGAUCCCACCGUGGCAAAUGUAUUCUCCUUGGCUUUUCGGUUUGGUCAUAGUUCAAUACAGCCUUUUGUGAACCGUUUAGAUGAACAUUUCCAACCUUUGGGUCCACAUUCCCAGGUGCCUCUUCACCUCACAUUCUGUGCUUCCUGGAGGGUUGUAAUGGAAGGUGGCAUUGACCCGCUUCUCCGUGGUCUGCUGGUUGACCAUGCAAAACUAAUGAAACAGAAUCAAAUGGUGGUUGAGGAGCUCCAGGAGCGGCUUUUUGAACAGGUAGAAAUAAUUGGACUGGAUCUAGCAGCCUUAAACCUGCAACGUGGAAGAGAUCAUGGUCUUCCGGGGUAUAACGCCUGGAGGCAAUUCUGUGGGCUCUCACAGCCUCGCAACUUAGCUGAACUCUCUGAAGUGCUGAGAAAUCCUGAGCUGGCCAGGAAGUUCAUGGACCUGUACGGGACACCAGACAAUAUCGACAUCUGGAUUGGGGCUAUGGCGGAGCCGUUUGUUCCCAAUGGCAGAGUGGGACCUCUCCUGGCUUGCAUCAUUGGAUCUCAGUUCAGGAAAUUGCGAGAUGGGGACAGAUUCUGGUGGGAGAAUCCCGGGGUUUUCACUCCACAGCAGCGCCAGGCCCUGAGCAGCAGUUCAUUGCCGCGGGUUCUCUGUGAUAACACUCGCAUUAGAGAGGUGCCCAGGGACGUGUUCAAGGUCAACCGCUAUCCCGAGGACUUUGUGAACUGCAGAAUGAUCGACAGUAUUGACUUGUCACCUUGGAGACAACGCAGUAACUAGGGAGUGGAAGCUCCAGUUAUGUCAUCAUAGAAGGCAAUCAGGUUGGUCAGGCAUGAC